GCCGACUUUGGCUAGGCAGCCAUCGUGCUGAUUUCUAUCUACCCUUAAACUUCUGAGCCCUUGUCAAGUCCCAUGAACUAAUUCUGACCAAUCACAUCUACGGAGGUCCUGAGAUGAACGUGGCUGUGAUUUACACUUUGCUGGCGGACCAAAUUGUGGCUGAUCAAGCUUUGUAGCCAGCAAAACUCCUGCACGAUGAUGAACUGGUAGCGAGCUUUGAGGUGUCCAAGCCACACAGCCCUGAGUGCAGAUGAAGCCCCCGCAAUGUAUUCCCGACACGGUAGUUGCGAGUGAUGACAAGGGGCUGAUACUUCAGCGGGCUGCCUCAACCCAGACUUCGAGCCAGACCUUCCUUUGCAGCACAUUCUCCACGAAUCUAUAUCGUUGUCAAGCACGAUGAACGCCAUCUUUGUAGCCGAUCUGGUCCUUUACCUGGUGCUCUUGCCUUUGGUCUUUUACAUUGUCUGGACGCGUCGCUCAGGUGGACUUCUGGCAUGGUACUAUCUGAGUGUCUUCUGCAUCGCUCGUAUCGUGGGAGGUGCGAUAGGAGUACACGAUAGCCAGAGCCUCGCCGCGAAUAUCAUCGUGGGCGUGGGCAUUUCGCCGCUCAUCCUAGCAAUCGAUGGCCUCCUCCAUGAAGCACGAGCCUACCGCAACCCCGGAAAACAAUGGGUCGGCUGGGCGGUGGUCAUUUUGGCCACAGGGUUGAUGGCAACAGCUCUUGCGCUUGCCAUUGUGGGUGCCUUGAACAUCUAUGAAGGCCAUCCCAAGCCGGACAGUCUCGAUCACUGGAAGACAGGCACCGGAUUGAUGGUGUUGGUAUGGGGGUUGGAGGUGAUCUGGGCGUGUUUCCUGCUCUUGCCAUCGCAGCGACGGAAGGAUGCCUUCUCGUUUCAUGCUGGUACUACGCUUCUACAAGGCUCUUUUCUGGCGCUGUUCUUCGUGGGAAUUCGGGCUAUAUAUCAGUUGAUCGCGGUGUGCACGCAGCGGAAAGACCUCAGCUCCAGCACUGGAAGCUUGGCAGUGCGGGUGCUUUUGGUCUUUUUACCAGAAGCGUUUACAGUCUUCUCGAUGGUGCUUGUAGGUGUGCAGACGAGAAACGUCAGGAAAGGUUGAACAUGCCACGCUUCCGCGAACAAAGAUAGUAUUAUUUUUCUGUGAUUCACUUGCUUGUCUGCGGCAUGCGUCUGAUUUUUUGUCGAUAAUGUACCGUAUUGGUUUUAUAGACUUGCAUGUUCCCAAAUCCAAUUGACCUAAUCCACUCCUGUCUUAA